GCGGCGGGAUGCUGCGGGCGCUGCCGCUCUGGCUGGCGCUGCCGCUCUGGCUGGCGCUGCCGGCGGCGGGGAGCGGCCCCGGGCCGCCCCGGCUCCGUGAGGCCGAGCUGCAGCGCCUGGCCCGGGGCAAGGUGGAGACCUGCGGCGGGUGACGGCUGAACCGGCUGAGGGAGGUGAAGGCGUUUGUCACGCAGGACAUCCCCCUCUACCAUAACCUGGAAAUGAAACACUUGCCUGGUGCUGACCCUGAGCUUGUGCUCCUCAGCCAUCGAUAUGAGGAGCUAGAGAGAAUCCCCCUGAGCGACAUGACCCGGGAGGAGAUCAACCAGCUGGUGCAGGAGCUGGGCUUCUACCGCAAGGAGACCCCUGAUGCCCCUGUGCCUGAGCAGUUCCAGUCUGCCCCUGCCAGGCCUCUGCCUACCCGGCCGCCCCCUCAGGCUCCUGCUGCUGAUGGCAAGACCCCACACGAACAUGACGAAGGGGAACACCCAGACCUGUAGUGAGGGGUGCCAUGCUUGGGAGAGGGUUCAGCAGCCAGUUACCAGUGUGCAGGGACAGGGGCAUGACAGCAGCUGGGGAUGGUGCCAUGGGGUGAUGAAGGUGCUCCCUGCUUAUUUGCUCGGUGCUGUGUAGCCUCUCCCCUGAGGGUGCCCUGAGCAGUUCCAGCCUUGAGUAGGGGAUUCCAGGGCGUUGGAGACAUCCCAGAGGUCCUAUGUGCCUGUUGUUGCCUCCUCUCCUCUGCGGCCUGGCACCUCUGGCCAGUUGGGGCAGUGCUCUUUUGUGCUCUCUCACUGUGCCCCGAGGUUUAGGUGACUAUUGUUGCUGGGCAGUGGUAUCCUACCUGCAUGGGACAGGAUGAAACCCUCAGCAGAAAGCCCCAGGUGCUGAGGGUAGAUGUACUGAGUCCCAGAGGUGGGAGAGCUGCCCCAGGGCCCUAUGACUUUACACCCCAGCAGAGUUGUCUACUAUCGAGCCCCCAGUAAAGCUUUUGUGUACAAACAA